CUGCGAAAUCCCAAAGGUAAUUUUCUGGUUUACAAACUGAAUCAACUUCUAUGUGGGGAAAAAAAAAAACAAAAGACAAAAGGACAGAGAGUGAAAGAGAGGCUGUCUUUGGAAGUACAGGUGUUCGUGUUCUCAGUGAUUUCUGCCUUUGUGGAGAGACACACAUUCAUCAUGUCUCUCUCUGUGACAUCGUUGGUGCUGCUGAUGGUUUGUGGCAGUCAGGCUUCACAUUUUCUAGGCACAGUCAUGACCUACUACCCAAAGGACACUUUUGCAGAUGGAUCUGUCACAGUGACCCUUCGGUAUAAGUUGAACUUCCACGACUGCACAUCUGAUAACACAUGGAGUUGCCUCAGUGGUGACUGUGGGACUGAAACCCACACACUAUAUGUGGUAAAACAGGAGAGCAGUGGAGACUGGUGUCAGAGAGAGGGAAUCAUGACUCGACAGGUUUCCAGUGACGUUCCAUUUGAGCUUUGGUUGGAUGGUGGUAACUGGAUAGAUUAUGCCAAAAAUAACAUUGUCUCAUGGAGAGCUGUGACUCGGGUGGAACUGAGGAACCGGUCUGACAUCAGCAAAACCAACACAUCACCUCAGACCACCAUCCUACCAGCUGUGAGAGUUCCUUCAAACUGUCAGAGAGAUUUCAGCCUGUUGAUGUUUGACCCUGAUGGAGACGAAGUUAAAUGCAGAUAUGGAAACUCCUCACUCUCAGAGUGUAACCCCUGCACUCCCCCGUCUGUCCUCAGCCUCUCAUCGUCCUCUUGUACUCUGUCAUUCAGCCCCACCAGCAGCAGUAAUGAAGGUUCGUAUGUAGUACAACUGGUGAUGGAGGACUUCCCCAGACAGACCAUCACUCUGACUCAAACCAACGGGACACAAACAACAAUAACUACCAACGAUGCCAUCAGCAAAAUACCGAUUCAGUUUGCUUUGAAAGUUGAUCCUGCAGUACCAUCCUGCACAGAAGGACUCUUUCUGCCCAAGUUUCUUCCUCCAACACCAGCCAACAGAGCUCAGCUCUACAACAAUGUCAGUCAGACUCUGGAAAUUAACAUCACUGCAGAGGCACUUUACUCCACGGUCUCUGAGCUGCUCUACAGCGGGCCGUACAAUUUAACCAGCAGUACAUCAGGACCAGGACAGUUCAUCCUGAGAUGGACACCAUCUGAAAGUGAAGAUGGACAAAGCCUCCCCAUCUGUUUUGUUGUCCAGGCAGUUUUCAAUGGGACCAAGUAUCAGUCAGAGCUUCGAUGUGUCACUGUGACUGUUGCAAACGGACCAAUAAUAACCACAACAACUACCACCAGUACACCAACUACUGUACCUGCAACAACUACCACCAGUACACCAACUACUGUACCUGCAACAACUACCACCAGUACACCAACUACUGUACCUGCAACAACUACCACCAGUACACCAACUACUGUACCUGCAACAACUACCACCAGUACACCAACUACUACACCUACAACAACUACUACCAGUACUACAACUACUCCAACUACAACAACUACUACAAGUAAAAAAUGUGCUGAUAUCCAAAGGGCUGCCCCAACAGAUGGUCAUCCGACUCAUAAACAGCAAACCACAGAUUGGUGCAACUGUAACACCCUGUGCUGGCACAACAUAAACAUUUGACAGCAUCGAGAGCUUUUUCCUUUCAGCUGUUGAAUGAAGUUUUGUCUUCACUGUUCUUUAACACACAUUUUUAAUAAUUACGUUCACUUCUCAAGAGCAGCCUUUAAAAGCAACACAUUAGUCUGACUCUCCAGUGUUAUAAUCUGAAAUGAAUUAAUUUGUACUUUUGUUAGAUUGUGAAGAUUAAAUGUUACUUUGCACUGAGUAUCCUUAGUCUAGAUACACUGAUUGAUUAUCCACAGUGACGGGAAUAACGGCGUUACAAGUGACGGCAUUACUUUUUUCAGUAACGAGUAAUCUAACUAAUUACUAUUCCUAUCGUUACAACGCCAUUACCGUUACUAACAAGAAAAUGCUGUGCGGUCACAUUAGUAUUUUUCAACAGACGGUUGAAGCUGCGUUCAGCUUAACGCACGGAAGUAGCUGUCUACGAAAGUAAUCAUGGCGCUACAGCUUUAAGCAGCUGCACGCACUCCCAAGGAAGGCAAUCACGAUCACUUUUUGGCACCUGAGAGCUAAGGGGGACAACAAUUCCAUGAGUGCUGCUGUUUGGCUGAGGAAAAUUAAAGUAGUUGUGGUAAGCCAAUCACAUGGCCACUUCAAGAUGACAAAGCAACAAGGUGCCAGUUUUUAAAUUGUGUCGAUAGGCCACGUAAAACCAGAGUCAUGAUAAACAAUAUAUACGCGUGUUUUUUCCUCAAUAGUUUUGUCACAUUUACUGUCUAACGACAGUAAGCACUCUCUGCUUAUGACCAAAAAAACCAAAACAAAAAUCAGUCCUUUCGUGUUGGUGGAAAAAUGCACCAUGU